AUGCUUGAGGAAGCUCUCUCAGAACAAAAGGAGAUGAAAAUUGAGAUCAAGCAAUUGACUCAAAGGCUGGAAAAUUCUGAGAAGCAUCAAAAGAUGCAGGACAGCCAGAUAGCUCAAUCCAUCUCACGAACACAGGGGACCUUUCCAGGGAAGCCAGAUUUAAAUCUAGUAGAACAUUGCAACCGCAUUGAGCUGAGGAGCGGACGUACUAUGGGAGGUCCUCAAAUCAUUACUCAGAAGGAGCUUGACUCAGAGAAGGAGCCCUCUCCCCUAAUACCCAAUCAGAUUCAAAAUAGGGAUGGAAAAGAGGCUACUAAAAAGGUUGCAGAAACUCUUCAAGCUGCCCCACAGAAUCAGACGAUCCCUUUCCCUCAGAAGCUAAUAGAAUCCCAGAAAGACGAAGAGUUCAACCGUUUCCUGAAGAAGAUCAAAGAAAUAUGCAUAGAAGUACCACUGAUAGAUGCGCUGCACUAA